AUGGGCGGGGGCAACGGUGCUAAGAGCGCAGAGGCUCGCAAGAGAGCAGAAGCCAAGGCCAAGUCAAACGCGGGUGGCAAGAGCCAGCUCAAGUCGAACGCCGCAUCUCUGACCAUACAGUGCAAGACCUGUCUGCAGACGUUCCAGCAGACGACAAAAGCUCCCAUGCUCGAGGAACACGCGCAAAACAGACACAGCAAAGGACUCAAAGACUGCUUCCCAACCUUCGUCACUGCAUGA